GAGCCCGUGUGCAACAAAUGGGUCAGUGGGACAAAUGACGAUUUUCUACUGUGGCAAGGUGAAUGUGUACGAUGGAGUGCCACCUGAGAAGGCACGGGCAAUCAUGCACCUUGCAGCAAGUCCAGUUCAGUUGCCUCAGGAUGAUACUCUAGGUAGAGCUGCAUCUCUUUGGUCCGUUCCAUGCCAUUUACAGGCAGCAUGUGAAAAAGAUCGCGUUAUUCCUACUAGUCCCGCAAUCGCACAUAUCAUGCAAGCAGAGAAGAUGACAGAAUAUUCUGAGCAGUAUAGGGAGAAAGGGAACACUUCUCGUGACCCUGAUGUAGAGGGUCAGGCGAACAGAAAAGUCUCACUGCAGAGAUAUCUCGAAAAACGGAAAGACAGGGGAAGAUUAAAGAGCAAGAAAAGUACGGGAUUGAUUACAUCGAGCUUGGAAACUUAUUUGAACCAUCAAGUAAGGACGCAUACCCCAAAUGGGAAAUCAAGCCGGAGUAACACGAGCUCUCCACCCCAGCAUGGCCUGCCGCAAGCCAUGAGUAGCUCUGUCGACAAUCAGCUAAAGAGUGCUGGUCUUGCCGUUGAUCUCAAUGACAAAGAUGUCCAAGAAUGCUGAGUUGGAACCACUUUCUAGGUCAGAUGGAGUUGGCAAUUAAAUAGAGAGCUCUACUUCUUUUGAUAACCACUAUGCCAAAUAUGAAAGAAGGGAAAGAGGCAACCAACUUGAUAGCCUCUUACGGGCCUGCCUUUUGCAUGAUUUUGGGCUGGCUCUGCAAACAGUGAAGUUUUUACUGUCUAUUUCUGGAGACACGGCUUGGAGAAUCCUCUUUUAUAAAUGGUAUGAGUUUACUCACCUGAUCAAUUUUGUAAUAUCAAGAAUCAUUUAGCCAUCCUUAGGAAUUUCUCUUUUUCGAGAGUAAGAUUUGGUAGUUGAGAUUAGAGCCGAAAGCAGCUAUUUUCUGUUCAUCAUGUAAAGGUAUGCUAUCUUUUGCUAUGCUAAUGGCUUAUUCUACAAGUUGAAGUA